GGGUUUCAUAAUAAAGUGUGGAAUCCCGUUAUGGAAACGAUGAAAUCGAUCUCGGACCCCGAGCGCCCGCUGAAGAGCUACGGCGCGGUGCAGAUGACCGAGUGGCGGAGGGACACACCCCAGCCAGAAGACUCCAUGACCCCAGAGCAGCUGGAGGCGGAGAUGGUGCGGGUGCAGCGCUUGCGGGAAGUACUGGUGCGUCGCGAGUCCGAACUGCGCUUCAUGAUGGAUGACAUUCACCUGUGCAAGGACAUCUUGGGCCUGAAGCAGGAGCUGAGGAAGAUUAUGGCAAUACCCGAGAAUGAGAAAUCCAAGACAGACAGGCAGAAAGAAGAGGAGUUAAUCCUUAAGAUCCACAAACUGGUCCAGAAACGGGAUUUUCUAGUGGAAGAUGCUGAGGUGGAGAGACUAAGAGAACAGGAGGAGGACAAGGAGAUGGCCGAAUUCCUCAGAGUUAACCUGAAGCCACUGGUGAAAAUCGCAGACAGACCUCCGAAUCCCAACACAACUGCACCAGAUCCUCCGGCCAACAAGUUCUCCAUUGCCAGAUCAGGAGCUGCCGUUAUUAAAGACUGCUGUGGGGCAACCCAGUGUGUCGUCAUGUGACCCUGCCGGUCCCCUCACCCCACCCCCCUCUCCUCGGUCCACCUCACCUGACUGCAUUCAACCCCCUAGCCAUCACUAUAAUUCAUUGCCCAUCCAAAUGAAAAUAGGAAAGAAAGGCCAGCAUACAGACAGUUUCAAAAGAGGAAUGUUGGGAGAUAUAGCUUUUAAAUUUUUGGACUUGUUUCUUGGAUGUUAUUUGUUCAAAUGUCAUGGUUGUCAUAUUGAGUUUAUAUAGGAGUAUGGGUCAGAAUGAGGAAAAUUGCAACAGGAAAAACCAGGGUCUUUCUGUGGUUUUCAUAAUGCCUCUUACUCAUCUAACUGACAUGAUGCAUGACAGCUGUUGCAGAGGACUGUGCAUUUUGCACUUUUUCACUCUCUGCAAGUCAUAAAAAGUACCAUUUCUGCCCAGUAACUUGAAAAUGGACCAAAUCCAUCUUGAACAUUCCUUGAAAUGAAUAUAUACACAUUCAUAUCUCAGAUCUGACAAUUGAACAAAAAAUUAUGUUGUAGAAUAUGUAUUGGUAGCAUAUUACCUUUUUGUAACAUUAGUCAGAAGUUGCUAGCAGACGUACAUGCCACCAGGAAGUAAUUCAGAGGUAUCACUGCAGUACUUUCAAAAGGAAAAUCAAAACAUGUUGUUUGCAUGUUAAAUUAUGAUGGGAUGUAGUAUUAAUACCAUGUCAUUGUAUAUAACCUCAUACUGAAAAAUAAACAUGAUGGAGUUGUCUCUCCGCAUUGAGAGGUGGAUGUGAUGAUGGUCUCUGGUU